AUGCCUCAAUUUUAUAAGAAAGUUAUUUUAAAUCCGUGUUGCAAAAUUUUCGCUGAGCAUUCCUUUGUAACUGUUAACUCAAUUUCUAUCAGAAGACUGGUAACUCCGGCCAAACAUAUUUUAAUUUCUAACCUGUACUUUUCCAUACCAAAUGAUCUUAUAAAAAAAGCUCUAAAAGAUAUUGGACUACAGCUUGCAUCCCCUCUUUCAUUCCUCAAAGCUGGAAUACCUGAAGAUGAAUUUGGACAUAUAAUAAGCUUCCGCAGGCAAGUGUAUGUUAUUCCCCCAACAGAAAAUUUAAAAAUUCAAACAUCAGUAGUUAUUAGUUUUAAGAAUAUUGAUUACAGGAUUUUCAUAUCAUCUGAUAAAAUAGAAUGCUUCAUUUGCAAACAACCUGGUCAUGUGGCAAGUCGCUGUCCCAAUACAAUACAAAAUACUUCUUGUGCACCUUGA